CAGCUGACCCCUACUGGUGAGCAGGCAGCAUUGCAGGUUUCCGCUCCUCUCGCGAUAUUGACGCACUUUGACUGGACCAUAACAGGAAGCGCAGACAUGGCAGCGGUGUACGGAGGAGUAGAGGGUGGGGGGGGUCACUCCAUUGCCUUGUUAGUGUCAGCAGAUGGAAAGAUCCUGGCCGAGACGAAGGGACCGUCCACCAACCACUGGUUGGUCGGGGUGGACAAAUGUAUUGAAACCAUCAAUGACAUGGUCCAGAGAGCCAAGGUGGAGGCAGGACUGGAUCCAAACACGCCACUAUGCUCAGUGGGCAUGUCUCUAAGUGGAGGGGAGCAGAAGGACGCCAUCGACAAACUGAUCGCACAGAUGAAGGAACGCUUCCCCGCUCUCAGCCAACACUACUUCAUCACCACUGAUGCCAUCGGCGCCGUGGCGACAGCCAGCGAUCAGGGAGGCGUGGUGUUGAUAUCAGGAACUGGCUCUAACUGCAAAUUAGUCAAUCCCGAAGGCCCACCAAUCGGCUGCGGAGGUUGGGGUCACAUGAUGGGCGAUGAGGGAUCAGGAUACUGGAUCUCUCAUUUGGCGGUGAAGACGGUGUUCGAUGCCAGAGACGACCUGGUCGCUCCUCCUCAUGACAUUACACAUGUCAGAAAACUCAUGGAGGAAUACUUCCAGGUUACAGAUCUGAUGGGCAUGCUGCCACACCUCUACAGGAACUUUCAGAAGUCCCACUUUGCUGGUUUCUGCAAGAAGCUGGCUGAAGGUGCAGAAGCAGGAGACGCUCUCUGCAAGUACGUGUUCUCCCAGGCUGGAAGAGUUCUGGCAAAACACGUAGAAGCAGUCUUACCUUCAGCACAAGAGCCUCUAUUGAGCGGUGACCUCGGCCUGCCCAUCCUGUGUGAGGGCUUAGUGUGGAGGAGCUGGGAGUUUCUGAAGCCAGGGUUCACUGAGGUCUUGGAUAAAUUGGCAUCAUCUGACAGGUUCAAAGGCCGUUUCCAUGGCUACAGCCUCCUGGUUUUACAGCAGUCUUCAGCCCUCGGCGGCGCUAGCCUGGGAGCUCGGAGCAUGGGCGCCACCAUAACUAUGGAUUACGCAGCCAACACCAAAAUCUUCUACAGACACAGUUUUAACAGCAGCCAAUGAGAGUUCAGCUGCACAGUCUGUAGAUCAGCUCAAGGGAAAAUGUAAUGAUUAUUAGCAUCUUCGCUAAUCAGAUUAUAAUGAUAAUAAUGAUUAUGUAAUUCUGCUACAGUGCUUGAUUUGAUCAGCUGCAUAUACAGUGGUAUAGUACAGGGUAUACAUUCAGUUGGCAUCAGGUAUACCCACUUCUGAAUCCCCUCUGAUGUGCAUCAUUGCAAGCAGCAGAAGUUGUGACAAUGUUUAAAUAUUACCGAGACAUUUUUAGGUGAGCUAACUAUGUAAGAGUAGCCUCACUGUGUCACUGUUUAUUCUUUGCUGGGCACUUUAAAGGAAACUGGCAUUAUGAAUGAAGUGUAUACCCACUUCUCCAGUCACCACUACACCACUGUGCACAGGGGAUAUUCCAACAGUGUAAUUUCUAUCAUUGCAAAUCUUUGCACGUUGAGAACACUUGCUUACAUUUGACAUUUCUCAUGAAAAGAUUGUUAACUUGACAGAACUUGAAUAAUCAAGAUAACUGAAGUUCAAUUUAAACAUAGUGACAAAGUGACCGAAAUAUUAUAAAACCUUCAACACCAAAGUACUACAGUAGCACUACUGGGAUGGCAUACAUGAUGCAGUACUUUGUAUAAAGCAGUGAUUCUGUUUGAAUCUCUAAAAAGGCCAGGAAAGGACAGAAAUGCAGAACAGGUAUGUGUGUGUGCUGCCACAUGCACUAGAUUAAAUAUCAAUAGAAUAAAUACAGUUUGAUUAAAAACAUUCCACUGACUCCUCAGUUUAGCUUCACCUGGGUGGGAUGGUGCAUUGAGAUUACUCUACCAGAGAGAAAUCAAACAACUAUCAGAUGAUUCCCAUGAAACACCAGAAGGUAAAAAAAAGCUAUUUGAUUUAUCUAGUGUUAAUUUUCUCUCAUCUUUGGGUUGAGUUUUGCAAUAGCGUGCCUUGAUUCUUUGUUUUUUAUCUGGUAUGUUUUGAAUUGAAAUGAGAUCUCUGCUGCUGCAUCUUUUAUCACCGCUGCACACAGUUGCUGACCUUUUUCUCUCUCUUGUACAUGGAGUCUGCAGCCUGGAGGCAAACUUAUCACCCUCCACAAACUGCACCAUUAUGUCAGUCAGCAUUACUAUUACAAAACCCAAAACUCAGCUCAUGCAGAGCAACUUUUCUCUUGGAUUUUUUCUUUUCUUAUUAUUAUUUCAACAACUUCUGAGGAUGUGUUUAAAUUCUGCUUUUACUUUGCGCAAUGAUUUUCCCACAACCCGUACAAUUCUGUUAUUUUAUUUCAGCCAAAAUAAUGUUAGAGAAGUGUGAUUAAGUUUUGUUGUCACGAUGCACUAUGAACAGUUUACUUGUACAGUCAGUGCAGAUCAAAUUGUUUCCUACUAUUAAAAAAUGCAAAUUAA